AUGGGGUUUACAGAGAAAUGGGUUUGCAUGGUUCUUCUUUUCAUCACCGUUGCCUCUCACUUGAGUGUGAUGUCUGUUGGGGAUGAGAGUAUAGAGGGAUCUAAAUGGGGUGGUCGAAGAGGUGGAGGUGGGUUUGGAGGUGGCGGAGGACUAGGUGGUGGUGGCGGUUUGGGGGGAGGGGCGGGUAAGGGUGGUGGGUUUGGUGCCGGAGGAGGAGUGGGUGGUGGUGCAGGAGGGGGUGGCAUUGGUGGAGGAAGUGGUGGAGGUGGUGGUUUAGGGGGAGGUUCAGGUAAAGGUGGCGGUUUUGGAGCAGGAGGAGGAGUGGGUGGUGGUGCUGGAGGGGGUGGCAUUGGUGCAGGCGGCGGUGGAGGAAGUGGUGGAGGUGGUGGUUUAGGGGGAGGUUCAGGUAAAGGUGGCGGUUUUGGAGCAGGAGGAGGAGUGGGUGGUGGUGCUGGAGGAGGUGGCAUUGGUGCAGGUGGUGGUGGAGGAAGUGGUGGAGGUGGUGGUUUAGGAGGAGGUUCAGGCAAGGGUGGUGGGUUUGGAGCGGGAGCAGGAGUGGGUGGUGGUGCUGGAGGAGGUGGUAUUGGUGGAGGCGGUGGUGGAGGAAGUGGUGGAGGUGGUGGUUUAGGGGGAGGUUCAGGUAAGGGUGGCGGGUUUGGAGCGGGAGGAGGAGUUGGUGGUGGUGGAGCUGGAGGUGUUGGUCUAGGAGGAGGUGGUGGUGGAGGUGGCGGUUUAGGGGGAGGUUCAGGUAGUGGUGGUGGGUUUGGAGCGGGAGGAGGAGUAGGUGGUGGUGGUGCAGGUGGUGUUGGUGUAGGAGGCGGUGGCGGUGGAGGGAGUGGUGGAGGUGGGGGUUUAGGAGGUGGUUCAGGAGCCGGUGGUGGGUUUGGAGCCGGAGGAGGAGUGGGUGGUGGUGCAGGUGGUGUUGGUGUAGGAGGUGGUGGUGGUGGAGGAAGUGGUGGAGGUGGUGGUUUAGGGGGAGGUUCAGGCAGUGGUGGCGGUUUUGGAGCAGGAGGGGGAAUAGGUGGUGGUGCAGGAGGUAUUGGCGGAGGAGGAGGUGGUGGUGGUGGGGGUGGUGGUGGUGGAGGUGUAGGUGGAGGCAAAGGUGGUGGUUUUGGUGCUGGUGGAGGCGUAGGUGGUGGAAUUGGAGGAGGGUUUUGA